GUCGGGUUAGUUUCAACUUUCGAGCGCUCCCAUUAUCCUACUUCAUUUUCUUAACCGUUCUUUCAGUUUAAUUUCCUUCCUGCAGACGGCAGAGCAUCAACGAAGAAAGCAUUCAGGAACUACUUACCCAUCUCAACAUCUAUUUGACUCGAGAGUUUGGUAAGCAUCAAUUUUAUGGCGAUUGUUUUGCGAAUGUCAGAAGAUUCAAAACAUCAAACAGUGUAGCAAAUGCUGAAACUCCCAGUAGCUAACUAGUCAUUGGCCAACAGUGCCCAGCUAGCUACCUUUUGUUUUCGAUACAGACACCUUGUAGGAGGGGAAAAAUAAGAAGCCGGCAACUUUUCCAACCUCCUAAAUCCAUAACAUGAUGAAUCCCUCAAAUCUCAUCCAUCUCUCUAAGCCUUUUGCCUCUCCUCUGUAUUCCACUCCUCGCGUCAGGACCAAUUUUACCGAGAACAUUGCCAUCGAAGGUCGCAACCUCAGCUUCUCGGUUGGGACGAGGCAAGGUAAAACCAUACCCAUUCUUAAAGAUUGCUCUCUUCACAUUCCUUCGGGGCAGUUUUGGAUGCUUCUUGGACCCAAUGGUUGUGGGAAAUCUACCCUCUUGAAGAUUUUGGCUGGUCUGUUGAAUCCAACAGAUGGAACUGUGCAUGUGAAGAGGCCUAGGAGUUUUGUCUUUCAAAAUCCCGACCAUCAGGUAGUGAUGCCUACAGUAGAAGCAGAUGUGGCAUUUGGCCUUGGUAAGUUCAACCUAACCCCUGAUGUAGUCAAAUAUAGAGUAUCAAAAGCUUUGGAUGCUGUCAGUAUGUUGAACUACAUGCAGAGGUCAGUUCAGACUCUCAGUGGUGGCCAGAAGCAAAGAGUUGCCAUUGCUGGUGCUUUAGCUGAAGCAUGUAAAGUUCUGUUGUUGGACGAGCUUACGACAUUUUUGGAUGAAAAUGAUCAGAUUGGGGUGAUCAGAGCAGUUAGGAAUUCUGUGGAUAGUUCUAGAGAAGUUACUGCAUUAUGGGUCACCCAUCGUCUCGAGGAACUUGAGUAUGCAGAUGGUGCUGUCUAUAUGGAAGAUGGGAGAGUUGUAAUGCAUGGCAAUGCAACAGACAUUAUGAAUUUCAUUACAACCAGGCAAUCAGCUUAUAUAAAAGAGAUCAAUUAUUGAGAGAUCAUUUGGCUCUUUGCGUUUAUAAUGAUCAAUUAAUUUUCAGGUUUUA